GCAAUCUCGCAGAGAAGCUCAUGUUUUAGCUUUUUAAGGUGUUGAUUGCGGAAAUUUCUUCUGUCCUUCUUAUUCUUGGUGGUUUACUGCGUUUUGUUGCUUGUUGUCUUUUCUGGGCUUUUCUCUUCUCGUCGCCAUCAUGUUCCAAGCACGCACAAUGUCCGCGGCCUGCCGCAAUGCCAGCAGCCUGGCACGCAGCUUCGCCACUGUAGCAAAUGUCUCCCCUGCCCGAAGCCACCGCGUUGUGGUGAUUGGAGGCGGCGCGGCUGGUCUGGACAUCAGCCACAAGCUGCUGCGAUCUGGGAAGUUCUCCCAGGACGAGGUCGCCGUUGUUGAUCCCGCAGCGUGGCACCAUUUCCAGCCCGGGUGGACCCUGGUUGGUGGCGGCAUCAAGACCAAGGAGGAGCUCAGAAGGCCGCUGAACAGCUUGAUCGAUUCCAAAUUCAAGUUCUAUAACGACAGCGUUGCCGGCUUCUCGCCAGAAGACAACUCAAUCACACUCGGCAAUGGCGAUAAAGUCAGCUAUGAGCACCUGGUAAUCGUCCCCGGCGUCUCGGUCAACUAUGGCAGCGUCAAGGGCCUCCCCGAGGCUUUGGCUGACCCGAAAAGCCUUGUUUCUUCCAUUUACAACUAUGACACUUGCGACAAGACCUUUGAGACAAUCCAGAAGCUCCACAAAGGCACUGCCAUUUUCACUCAGCCGGCUGGUCCGAUUAAGUGCGCUGGCGCUCCUCAAAAGAUUCUGUGGCUCGCUUUGGAUCACUGGAAACGCGCUGGCCUCUAUGAUCCCGCCAACCCCUCAGGUUCCGCAGUUCAAAUCAGCUUUGCUACAGGCAUGCCUGUGAUGUUUGGCGUUGCCAAGUACAACGCCACGCUGGAGCAGCUUCGCAAGGAGAGAGGAGUCGAGGGAUUAUUCCAGCAUGAUCUCAUUUCCAUUGACGGCGACAAGGCAACCUUUGCUCUGCCAGACGGGAAAGCCUCUGUUACAAAGCGAUUCGACCUUUUGCAUGUUGUACCCAAGAUGGGCCCUCAUGCUUUUGUCAAGGGCAGCGCCGUGGCCAAUGAAGCCGGUUACGUUGAUGUAGAUGAUGGCACUACUCGCCACAAGAAAUAUCCAAAUGUGUGGUCUGCUGGCGAUGCAUCAAGUCUUCCGACCUCUAAGACUGCCGCCGCCAUCACAGCACAGACGCCUGUUCUGGUUCAUAACCUAUUAGGAUCACUAGAGGGCAAAGCGCCUGACGCAGUAUAUGACGGAUAUGCUUCGUGCCCGCUAAUAACAGAGUACGGCAAGGUCCUUCUUGCAGAAUUCAAGUAUGGAGGAGAGCCAAAGGAGACCUUUGGCGAUUGGUUUGGUAUCGACCAGGCGGUUCCUCGGAAAUCCUUUUACUACAUGAAGAAGCACUUUUUCCCCUGGGUUUAUUACAACCACAUGGUAAAGGGAACUUGGGGGGGCCCAAAAGGCUGGAUCAACUGAGUAAUGAACUUGUCUCGCCAACUUAAAAUUGUAUCUACACUUAUCAAAAAACGCUACUUGCAUGUUUCUAAUUUGCAGUUCAGAACGUGUCCUAGGCUGUGCUUUGUAUAGUCUGUCCAAGAAAUGGAAAGUCCUGGGAAUCUGGGGUUCUGGAAUGGAUAAAAACAAUGGGAAAGGGGUAUUAAAAGGUCGUCAUGAUCUAUGUACAAAAAGAAUGCAAUAUAUAGAUGUAUCAGAGGAUUCACAGCUUACUAUUUUACUGCAAUCAGCCAGCGUUGUAUAAACAGGUAGAGCUUCGAGUAGAUGUGUAGACAAAACCGAGGAAAUGAGCAAAACCGU